ACGAUGGAGAAAUUCUAUACCCUGGGCUUCUUGGUGCUCUCCUUCAGCCUGAGCACCAAGGGGCAUCCCCACAGCAAAUGGCACCCCAACACUGAGGCCGUCGACAGGGAGGAGAUGCUGGCCUUGUUCCGGGAUUACAUGCAAACCUACAACAGGACCUACAAGGAUCGGGAAGAAGCACUCCAUCGGUUCAAGGUCUUCGUGGAGAAUGUAAAGAAGGCGAAGAGGCUGCAAGGAGAGGAGAGGGGGACGGCACAGUAUGGAGUCACCAAAUGGAGUGACCUCUCAGAGGAUGAACUCGACAGCGGAAUCUUCAAGCCAGACUGCCAGAGCUGUUGCCAGGAGGUGCACCUCGACGAUCGGGUGCAGAACCUUCCGGAGAGCCAGGACUGGAGGAAGAAAGACUCCGUUACUCCCAUUAAGAACCAGGGGGAGUCCUGCAAAGCAUGCUGGGCAUUUGCGACCGUCGCCAACAUCGAGUCCCAGUGGGCCAUCAAGAACAAAGAGCUAAUCUCACUCUCAGAUCAAGAAGUCUUGGACUGUACAAACGCUGGCAACUGUUCCGAAGGUUAUAUUCCCAAAGCCUUCUGCAACAUCAUUAAUAUCGGCCUGAUGAAAGAGACCAGCUACAGGUACAGUGCCUGCAGAAACACCUGCCGACUGAAGGAGAACCAGACCGUGGUGAAGAUCACAGCUUGCCUCAGGCUGAACGGCAGUGAGGAUGGGAUGAAACAGUACGUGGCUUUGAAUGGAACCAUCACUACCCUGGUGUAUUUGGAGGGUUUACAGCAUUACAAACGGGGCAUCCUGAGGAGCGCAUGUCGCAAGAUAUCAAGUCGCUACCAUGCGUUGCUCAUUAUUGGGUUUGGUGUAGGUAUGUAUCUGGGUACUCCGUCUCUGCCAACUCUGCUCCCGCGCCCAAAGGUAUCAUAA